ACCAGAAUUUUUCCUCUCCAAGCCCUUGCCUUGCACCAGUACCUUCUUGUCAGAAUAAUAGAUCUAGCUGCUACAUCCUCCCAAUCUCUUGAUCUGUGUUGGAUUUGCUGUCAGCGGUGAGAGAUCACCAUCAGCACCUUCUGGUAAGAAAUCAACCUUGUUGCCCAUCUUUUCAUCAUUGAUUUGAAGUGGGUUAACUCUAAUCAUUUAAGGUUUUCAAUUUUGGGAGUGUAUGUAUAGUUUCCCCUUGAUUUUCGCCCAUAAUUUAGCAUCAUUAGCUCUGAUCUCUCUUUUUGCUGCAAAUUCGAACUGCAUAACCCUUUAGUAGUAAUUUGCCCAUAAUUCCUUCUUCAUUUAUCGGGUUAAGUCCAUUGUUAAUUCUAUAGAAAGCUAAGAGAUAGCCCUACAACUUUUAUGUUGGACGUUUAACCCAGUUCAGUUGUUUUCUCAGUGAAAAUUUUGCUGCAACUUUGAUUCCUGUUGACGGACUUAGCUGGCAGCCCGACCCUGAGUUGGAAAUCACCUCAAGUACCUUGACUUAUUGAAUUCCUUGUUUGUCGUAUACCUACAAGGCGAGAUAAGUAAAAGUAUGGUAAUGCCUUUGGAUUUAAGGUAAAAGUUUUUGAAAGCAUAUUUCUGAUGGUUUUUAAAAUGAUGGCGAGACUAAACCCAUUUUACACAAACAAGAGCAUGAUUGGUUUGAAAUAAAAUUAUUAUCAUUUUCAUUGAAUUGAGCAUGCCUACUUGGAGUUUACUUGACUACCUUGAUGAUUUGGAAAUUAUUUGUAAAUUAUGGUUUUCUUGUUAAAUCUCGCAUGGUUUUGUCUCCAAUAUGGUCAUGUUUUACUGUGCCCGCUAGUAGGAGGUUUAUAAACGUUAGCACAUGUUGACAUGUUACUUAUGGAACUGGUUCAUUCUUGUUAUACUUGUUGUCCUGCUAGUGGGAUUAUAUACUAGUAAAUCUUGUGCCCAUCAGUGGGAGGUUUAUAAACGUUGGCCAUGACCUAUAGAGGAGACGUCUAUUUCAUUCCCGUAAUUGUACCCAUUUUUCUUGAUACUUGGUUACACUUAUUGGCAUGCUAUAAAUUUUAAUUAAGGGUUAUUCAUAUUUUUACUUCCUAAGUUAUUUCACAUAGUUUUUUUUCCUUUGUCCACCAUUUCAAGUAGUGUGACCCAAGACGUGGAAAACCAAGGGGAGUGAUGAGCUAGAAGGCUAGCCAUUGUAUUUUGGACGUAGAUUUUGAGUUGUAGAUUAUUUUUUGUAAGCUAGAUUUUAUUUUGAAAUAUCGAUCUAAGUUUAUGUGGACUGUUAGUAAUGAAUUUAACAAGUUCUGAGCUUUGUGCAUUUGCGGGAUCCUCUCACAAGUGCAUGGCGUUUGUUUCGCUCUCGGUUUUGGGGUGUGACAUGAUGUUU